GGUGUGAAGGAGGAGGGAAGGACAGUGAGCGCUCGCGGAUAUGCGUGCGUGCGGCUCCCGGUGCAAGAUGGACGCGUGGAUCCGGUAGCGCGAGCCGCGCGCGUGUCUGUGCAUCACAGAAAGAGAGAGAGAACUAAUGAUUAGACAAAGAUUUAGAUGAUAUUUCUGAAUAAGUACAGACUGCAACAGGUUUGUGAAGGCGAGAGAGAGAGAGAGAGAGAGAGAGAGAGAGAGAGAGAAUACAAUACAAUACAAUACAAUACCGUACACACACCGGGGACGGGGUGCAGGUGCGCGAGCAAGCACAACGCAUUGACUGCGUGGAUUUAAUACACGACUGACAGUAUGAUGCCGAUGUUUCUAACCGUGUACCUCAGCAACAGUGAGAAGCACUUCACCGAGGUGCCUGUAACCCCAGAGACUCUGUGCCGGGACGUGGUGGACGUGUGUAAGGAACCCGGAGAGACCGAGUGCUACCUGGCCGAGAGCUGGAGAGGGUCAGAGCGUGUGGUGAGUGACGGUGAGAGGAUGAUGGAGCUGCUGCAGCGCUGGGGGCAGCAGAGGUCCGAGGUUCGGUUCGUUCUCCACCAUGAGCGAGCACCAGGUCAUGACACAGGGGCUCCCAGAGGCCUGGAGCUCUCGCUGAAGAGGAACAUGCUGAAAACCUCGAGUGAGACUCACCUUGAGAACGGGAUGAUUCCUCCUCCUAUGGACAUAAGUAUCACAGAGUUGCAGGAGAUGGCAUCACGGCAGCAGCAGCAGAUCAAUGCGCAGCAGCAGGUUCUGGCAUCCAAGGAGCAGCGUCUUCGCAUUCUGAAGAUGCAGGAACAGCAGCAGCGUGAGCAGGAGAAACUGCGGCUGUUGCGCGAGAACGCCGAGAACCAGGAGGCAAAACUACGGCGUGUUCGAGCGCUCAAGGGUCAGGUGGAGCAGAAACGCCUCAGCAACAGCAAACUAGUGGAGGAGAUUGAGCAGAUGAACGGUCUGUUCCAGCAGAAGCAGAGGGAGUUGCUCAUGGCCGUAUCCAGGGUGGAGGAGUUGAGCAAGCAGCUGGAAACGUUACGCAGCGGCAAACUGGACGAAAUCGCUGAACUUGAGAGGCUCUACAAAGAACUUCAGCUGAGGAACAAACUGAACCAGGAGCAGAGCGUGAAGCUCCAUCAUCAGAAGGAAUGUCUGAGUAAGCGCACACAGGAAGUCGCGGGGAUGGAGCGGCGCCUGGCCGACCUGCGUCAGAGACUGUGGAAGAAGAAAGCAGCGCUACAGCAAAAAGAAAACCUGCCUCAGCCGGGUGAUGGCCAGAGCUCUCAUCCUCCCUCAGUCCAGUCCAGAAUUGCUGCUGUUGGCCCAUACAUUCAGUCUCCUGCUCCUCCACUUCCUCCCAAACAAGAUGUCCUGGUGAAGCCGGCCUAUCCAGAUGGCACUAGCACGCUGCCCAAACCACUUACUAAACCCACCGGUAAAAGCUCCAAGCUGUCAGAAUGGAGUGUAAGUGGUGAGCUCAGCGGUGUGGGUGGGUCUCAGCGAGGCUAUGCCUCCACCCUGCCCCGUAUGAGCAGCCAUGGCUCCAUGGAGAAAGAUACCGAGGCAGAUUGGAAGCCACCACCACUUCCGUUACGGAAGAAUCAGAGCAACGAGGACCUCUUAAACGAUGGCCAGGUUGGAGGUAAAGUGCCCCCUCCAGUCCCCAGCAAACCCAAGCUAAGUCAGCCUGGCUUCCCCAAGCCCUGCUUCUCCACUGGCACCUUUCCAGGCAAAACGAAACCUGCCCACCAGCUGGCCCCGCACUUCCCGAAGGCACCGAUGCCUGCAGCCACUGUACGGCCAUUCAGCAUGGAGGGCUCAACAAGCAAAGGACCCACUAUUCAGAAACCUCAGACACUGGCAGCCAGCUCGAUCUACUCCAUGUACACGCAACAGAGCUCGCUGGCUAAGGGCUAUCAGGGCCAGAGCACACUGACCCGCUCCCAGCCUCGGGUGUAUGGAAAACCAGUCAUCCCGUCCAGCAGAGGGCAGCAAUUACACUCCCAGGACAGCAGCCAGAAUGAGAAAGGCAGCUCUGUCGAGGCUGAUCAGGUGGACCAACCUGUCGUCAGUGGACCCAGUGAGGGUACAGAGUCAGAGCGAGCGCCGCGUCCACUGAGUCCCACCAAACUGCUACCGUUCCUGACGCACCAGCACCGCCUGCAGAGUGACGCUGAAUUGGAGACACCACGCAGGAGGCUACAGCAUGCACCACGUCCAUUAAAGAAGCGCAGCUCCAUCACAGAGCCCGAGGGACCCGGAGGACCCAACAUCCAGAAACUUCUUUACCAGAAAACCACACUGGCGGCCAUGGAGAUGCCAGAGAUUAUCACGGCGGCUGCUGAGGACACAGGGGCCCUGUCAGUUAAAGCUCGAAAGGCGUUCGGGGCAGACAGGGAUGGAGAGGAGGAAGAUCAUACUCCGCCUCCUCUUCCACCACGUUCUUCUGCUGCAGAACAGUGCAGAAGAACUGAACUGAAGGAGGAUGAUCAGCAGGAGGUGGGUAGUUCAGUCCCAGCUGAGGAUUUCCCUCCAUAUCCUCCACCCCCAUACCCUAGCACAGGCAACCAGGAAGGGCAGGAAGAGGAAGAGGACUGCGGUAUGAAGACACCAGAGGUGACUGGACAGGUCACCCUACCACCGGGGAAGCGAACAAACUUGAGGAAGAUGGGGUCAGAGCGGAUCAGCCACAGCAUGAGGGUGCGCUUCAAUCCUCUGGCCCUCCUGCUGGACGCCUCACUGGAGGGCGAGUACGACCUGGUGCAGAGGAUUAUCUACGAGGUGGAGGACCCCAGCAUGCCCAACGAUGAGGGCAUAACGGCGCUCCACAACGCAGUGUGUGCAGGACAUACGGAGAUCGUCAAGUUCUUGGUGCAGUUCGGAGUCAACGUCAACGCAGCCGACAGCGACGGCUGGACGCCCCUGCACUGUGCAGCUUCCUGUAAUAACGUUCAAGUGUGUAAGUUCCUGGUGGAGUCGGGUGCAGCCGUGUUUGCCACGACGUACAGCGACAUGCAGACGGCGGCAGAGAAGUGUGAGGAGCUGGAGGAGGGAUACGCUCAGUGCUCACAGUUCCUUUAUGGUGUGCAGGAGAAGAUGGGGGUGAUGAACCGUGGUAUUGUGUACGCGCUGUGGGACUACGAGGCUGAUCACUCUGACGAGCUGUCGUUCAUCGAGGGAGACUGCAUAACCGUGCUGAGACACGAAGACAGAGACGAGAACGAGUGGUGGUGGGCGAGGUGCGGAGACAACGAAGGAUACAUUCCCCGCAACCUGCUCGGGCUGUAUCUGCGGAUCAAACCCAGACAGAGGAGUUUAGCCUAGACCUCACCACAGACCAUUCCCAAUCCAACCGACGUUCCCUCAAUUCUAGUGUGCACUGACCGCAAAGGGCUGAAGGAAACGAGACAGUCCGAAGUGCUUCUUCUCAACACACUGCUGCAUUCCAGAGGUUCACUUUUUUCUGUUCAUUGAUUCAUCAUCUUCAGAGGCACAAUGGAUAAGGAGGAUCUGUAAUAUUGACAUCUGAUGAAUGUUUAAUCUCUGUUCUUCAUGGCCUUUCUAGGUGAAUGUAUUUCAGAAAUAAUUAUUUUCACAGCUCUUAAGUUAUUUGUACAGAUGUACAGAGGUGAUGGCAGGUUUGUGUUCAUCCUGUUAUCACCCAAUGAGUCAAUGAUCACGUGACCACCACUUCACGUGACCACCAUUUCUUCUAAGGCUUGAGUUUAGAUGACAGGAUUUCUAGAAAGCGUCUCUAGUGAUGUCAUACAGUCGAGUUGAACAAACCUACCUUAAGCUCCACCCACAUUGACACAAAUUCAGGGUGUCCGUGUCACGUCUCUUUAAUCGCUUUUCUGCUGUUUAAUUGAACUUCAAUGUGCUAACUGGAUAACUAUUUAUCUGCUAAUAAAUAUCUUUGUUUUUUAUUAAGCUUAAAAAUAAUAAAUAAUCACUAUGGUGCUCAAUAACACAGGCCAUUUAUGGUUCAUGAAUAAUGGCCUGAA